AUGCAAGGUGGGAUGCAUCAUCAAUCUACCCUAAGAGAGAAAUUCAAAUCUUCAAUAUGUUGCUUCAUGGGCACGGCACAUGAAUCAUUAGACCAUGGUGAUUUAUGUAAUUAUGAUAAGUUGAAUAUUAACACGUCUAGGACGCCAAAGUCUUCGGCAUCACCCACCACCCCAUCCAGCUCGGCAUCGUGGUUCAAAAAACCGUGGACGGCAGCCGGGGAGCACGUGACUGCCGAGCUGCUGCCACGUGUCCGUGGACAUAGCCAAAGGAGUCGUUUACGUAGGCAUAAUAAUAAUAACAACAACAACCACCACCACCACGGCCAUCGCCAAACGCAAUCUGCGGAUUUUAGCUACGAUGCUUCCAGCUAUGCUCUCAAUUUUGAGAAUGAGGAUUCCGGAGAGUUCCCGCUUAGGAACUUUAGUGCCCGGUUGCCGGUUUCGCCGAGAACUCCGUCCGUACCAUUGAAGUAUCCUGAUGAAUUGGCUGUGUCCACGGCGGCGCCAAAAGAAAUUGUUGGGUAUAGUUAA